AUGGCUGUCAACGGUGAUGCACCACUUCUACAGAGCCUUGUCCAACGUCCUAACCAUGAUGGACAAACGACUUCUCCCUCUCCUUCUCAUAGCCUCCGAAGAGGAACCACUGCUACGAGUGCCCACUUAGCUGUGCCGACGCAGGAUCAACCACUCUUUGACCCUCUAAGGCCCGAGGAGAUGGACGAUAAAUCGACGGAGUCACAAAUCGGUCUCCUGCUCCGCAUGGUUAAAAAUCAAAUAACGUUAGCCGAGGAGCAGAGUCGACGUAUUUCCGAACUUGGACAAUCAAAGAGGCAGCUGAUCCACAUUCGUGAGACUCCUUCCCCAUUGCGUAACAGAAGGGGAAGGAGUCCCCGCCGUUCCAGAUCUAGGUCUCCUAGACGCUCGGUCAUCACGAGAUCUCCUAGUCGCGGAAGGCGGUCAACCAGAAGGAGGUCACCAAGGCGCUCUCCACCUAGGCGGUCUCCUACAAGAAGAUCUCCUCAAGCUCCGACGACAAACAUGAUAACCGAGGUCGAUACACCUACGACCCCUUCACUCGCCACAUCCGAGCGACUCCAAUCCCCCAUGGAUUAG